AGAAAACGAAGAAUUGGCUACUGAGCUAGCCUAGCUGCAGGUUUUAGUGAAACAUGGCUGCUGUGCUCCCUGUUAGACCGCCCUGCGAUAGCAACCCUGCCACUCCCGGAGCACAAUCCAUAAAGGAGGAUGUAAUAGAAGAGGAGUCCAAUGAUGGCAGCCAGAUUCCCAAAAGGAGGAGAAUGGGUUCAGGGGACAGCUCUCGAAGCUGCGACACCUCAAGUCAAGACCUUGGCCCGACAUAUUUCCCAGCAGAGAACCUGACAGAGUACAAAUGGCCUCCAGAUGACACAGGUGAAUACUACAUGCUGCAGGAGCAGGUCAGCGAGUAUCUGGGAGUCACAUCUUUCAAGAGGAAGUACCCUGAUAUGGAGAGGAGAGACUUGUCCCACAAAGAGAAGCUUUACCUGCGUGAACAGAACGUCAUUACUGAGACACAAUGUACUCUGGGUCUGACAGCUCUACGGAGCGAUGAGGUGAUAGAUCUGAUGAUAAAGGAGUAUCCCACCAAGCACUCUGAGUAUUCAGUCAUACUGCAGGAGAGAGAGCGACAGAGAAUAGCUAAAGAGUACUCUCAAAUGCAGCAGCAGAACCCUCAGAAGGUGGAGGCCAGUAAAGUUCCCGAGUACAUUAAGAAGGCAGCUAAAAAAGCUGCAGAGUUCAACAGUAACUUCAACAGGGAGCGUAUGGAAGAGAGGAGAGCUUAUUUUGACCUGCAGACACAUAUUAUCCAGGUGCCUCAGGGCAGGUUCAAGGUACUGGCUCCAGAGCUGACAAGGACGGGGCCCUACCCUGUGGCUCUCAUACCAGGACAGUUCCAAGACUACUACAAAAGGUACUCUCCCAAUGAGCUGCGGUACUUGCCAUUGAACACAGCUCUGUUUGAGCCUCCACUGGAUCCAGAGCUCCCUGCACUGGACUCAGAACCUGACUCAGAUGAUGCCGAGGAUGGCAAGGAAGACAAAAAGAACAAGAACUCAUCUGACAGUUCUUCAGGCAACACGUCAGAUGUGGAGAGCCAGGAGGGAGCAGGUGGACAGGGCCACAAGUCCAAGGGCAAAGACAGGACAUCCACACCGGGCAAAGACGGCAGCCAUCGCCAUUCUGCCUCCCACAAAGCUACCCCAGGGUACAAGCCUAAGGUCAUUCCCAAUGCUAUAUGUGGCAUUUGCCAGAAGGGUAGAGAGGCCAACAAGAAGGGCAAGCCAGAGGCUCUCAUUCACUGCUCCCAAUGUGAUAACAGCGGCCACCCGUCCUGCUUGGACAUGAGCGAAGAGCUGGUGGGUGUGAUUCAGACCUACCGCUGGCAGUGUAUGGAGUGCAAGACCUGCACUGUGUGCCAGCAGCCCCACCAUGAGGACGAGAUGAUGUUCUGCGACAAAUGUGACCGAGGAUAUCACACAUUCUGCGUGGGCAUGGACUCCAUUCCCACCGGCCUUUGGGUAUGUGAGGUCUGCGACAAAGAUUUCACCACACCCAAGAAGAAGGGAGGAGCCAAAACACCGAAGAAGUCCAAGUCAGCGAAAAAAUGAUCAGCAGCAUCAUUAACCUCAAUACCUUGGCCAAAUUCUACACAAAUGUCCUUUGUUCAAUCAUUUGCAGAAGCUGUAAAAUGUUUAAAGCAUCAGAUCACUGUGAGCCCAAAAAUAAACAAAAGUGCUGCUCUCCUACCAAAUACCAGCAAACCGAACAUAACAUCUUAACUUGCUGUUGCUUUUUCUUCAUCGGUUGUCUUUAAAUGCACAGGCUAACACUAGAAAACUCUUUUCACAUCUUUUCUGUGAAAGCUUUGAUAACAUCGGUAAGGCAGACCUAUAAUUUGAAUCACAAUCAGUCGAGAAACCAAUAUAUGAUGAUACCUCAAAUGUACAUGCUCAGAAAGUUCAGAUCAGAUGUUAACUGUAGUGUAGUAAUAUUAGAGAUUGACUGAUUGGCUGAAUUCCAGACAUCAUGUUUAAAUAAGGUGAACAGCUAAGAUGCAAAUCCAAUCCAUCCAAAUGUAGUGCACUAAAUCCUGUGAUUUGCUAACCACUAACAGCAUCAGUGCUUUCCUGCUUCAUUAAACCAGUGAAUCUUGUAGUUUCUGUCUCUUAACAUUUCUGCAGUGAUUGGCUGUUUGCUGGGGAAUUGUUUCAGUUGAACAAAUGGUGCUUUUGAUUCUGUACUACUGGAACAAUCAAUGUUAACAAGAGCUCACAGCUGUUUUUUUUCAUUAUUCAGUUUCAGCAUUUUUGAAUGUUUUUGUACCUUAUAUACUACAGUUGGUGUUUUUAGCUGACAUGUAUUUAAUGUGGCUGGCCAGUAAAGAGCAACCUUAUUUAAGUCUUAUCUUGAAUAAUGACAUGGUGCUUGUGCUCCUGUGUGAUGAAUAGUAAUGGACGCUGGCCUCAUGGCUGCAGGAGUUUUCAGGUAUUUAUGUGAAGGUCUGGAUUACUGAAACAAGUGUCUGACAUUAAGUCUAUUGAUUUUGUUUUUAACCCUCCACUAUGAAUUAUUAUACCACUCACUGUAAUUACAUUGACAGGAAAUAUCCAUCAGUUAUGACUAGAUCUUUUUGCAGUCAGUUUGUAAUAAGUUUUUGUAAUUUUUUAAAAAUGAUUUUGUCUAUUUUCUGUUGUAUUUCAGUAAGCAGGUUGUUAAGGAAUAUCUGUUGCUAAUGUCAUAGUCACUGAAUUAAGUGUGCCCCCCCCCCCAAUAAAAACUAUUUUAAAAAGACUUAUUUAUUAGACAGUUUCAUAUACACAGCCACUGUUGCAACAAAUACUGCUGUGUUUUUAGCCUUUAGUGGUCCCUGAGUGUGUGAACAAUUUAUUUCUUCCACCCAGUGGCGAUUUUAGUAUUAAGUUUUAAGGCAUUGUGUAGUACAGAUAAUCUAUAUUAUCUACUAGUCAUUACACACAGUCUUAACAUUCUGUCCAGCAAACUGCA